AUGCCCCAGGAACCCCCUCCCGGCGCCCUCUCAAGCGCAUUCCCACCCCCGCCAACAUAUUACACCCACUUCACCGAGGAAAACCUCACGGCGCUGAAAUCCCACCGCCGAGAAGACGGCACACUCCCACCCGCCGAAUCCCUCCCCGAUCCGCUCUGCUACCUAGUCCCCCCCCCACCCCCGGCUGGGUCUUACCGCGCUUUCGGCGAGGAAUGGAUGGUUCCUGAGCGAUACCCUUCCCUUGAGGAGGCUGGUAUUCGACAGCUGUACCCGCCAACAACCGUGGCUGCGGCGGCAGCAGCGAAUGGUGGUGGGGGAGGAAGAGUGGACAAGGGCAAGGAACUCACGGUUGAUAGGACGAUAGAGCUUCGGAGGUUGAGCAAAUCGUUAUUGUUGAAUUAUUUGGAGUUGGUGGGGGUUAUGGGGAUGGCACCGGAGCAGGUUUGUUCUCUUUCCCUCUCUGUCCCUCAGGAUUGCAAAGCUAAUUUGUUUGUUUGCGUAGUUCCACGAAAAAACCGCAGACCUAGAAACCAUCCUUUUCAACAUGCACCACCUCAUCAACGAAUACCGGCCCCACCAAGCACGCGAAACGCUCUGCUUGCGCAUGGAAGAGCAGCUAGAGCGCACCCGUCGCGAGACGGAGGAGAACAGGAAGGCCGUUGCUAAAGUCGAGGAUUUGCUCGUCGGAUUGGAACAGGUUGCGAAGCGGGCGGAUGCGAUUUGUGGUGGAGAGGGGCUGGGGGCGGGGAAUUUGGGGGAUGUGAUGAAGGAGAAUAAGGUUGACGACGGGGUUGCUAAGGCCAGAGUUAGGGAUAUGGAGGCCUGGGAGGCGCUUGUUGGUAUGGGGGGUUGAUGUUCGUUAUCAUGCUUGCGAUACGAUGAUGGUUUGGUCUGAUUUUGGCCUUUCCCCCCCCCCCUUCUUUUCUUCUUACAUUUUUGUCUUGUGUUGUUAUGGGAGAGGCGGGGCGUUUGGAAUUAACCUUUUUUCUUUUUUCUUUUUGCUUUGUGAUACUUGAUGGUGGGCCAAGUUACUUUCUUCUUGCUUUGGUUGGCUGUUAUCGACUGUGCACAACAUGCAUGCGAUACCAUGGCCUACCGGACACUUGUCAUAUUCUGGGAACUUUUUUCUCAUCUAACCUUGUAUUUUUUUAAAAGAAGCCCGAAACUGUACAAGAAACAAAUCACCCGUUCCGUUCCAUAGGAAAUUUUCACCUCUAUCACGACAAAUCUAAACAUUCAGCUCACUAACCGCCGCACUCAGCGCUCCGGUCCACGGCUCCAACGCUAUCUUAACCUGCAUCUCGACAAACUUCGCUGUCUGCUCGGGCGCUCUCCCGACAAAAGUCCGAGGAUCCAUCAAGCCGUCAAUCUCACCCCAAAUGGGCUCAAAGAACUUGUCCUUCUUGAUCCUCUCGAUGAGGUCGUUAUCUUUACCCUCCUGCUUGACGACGGCAGAAGCCUGAUGGGAAAGGACUCUGAUGGCUUCGUGCGCGUCCUGACGCGAAGCGCCGAGGGCGACCAUGCGCAUGAUGAAGUUCUCCGUUGCCAUGAACGGGAGCUCCUCCCUGAUGCGACGGGCGAUGACGGCGGGGUAGACCACCAGUCCGCUAACGACGUUAUCGAGGAUGCGUAG